AUGGCAAUCACAACAAAUGUCCUCGCAACAAGGAACGUUGUCAAAUUGGAUGCUGUAAAUGUAAGCUUCAUCUCUUCUUUCCCUGGCAAACUCAACCACUUCUUGGCUCGACGCUUGCCACAGUCGAUGACACGUAGAGUCCAAACGUCUUGCUGUUAUCGUGAAACGUCAUUGAAAGCUGUGACUCUGUUUGAGAUGCCUCAGACAGAAACAAGUAGUGUCAGUGACGGAGUUGGAAUUUUACAUUUCUCGAAAGGAAAAAACUAUCUCGUUACCGGUGCAAAUGGGUUUCUUGGUAAAGUGUUGAUUGAGAAAUUACUGAGGGCAAGUCCUGAGAUUGGGAAGAUCUUUCUUCUGAUCAAAUCCGAAGAUCAAGAAUCGGCCAACAGGAGACUCUAUGAUGAGAUCAUAACCUCCGAUCUCUUCAAGCUUUUGAAGAAAAUUCACGGGAGCUCUUACGAAGCCUUUAUGAAAAGCAAGUUGAUUCCAGUAACUGGAGACAUUGGAGAAGACAAUCUCGUUAUCAAAUCUGUAACAGCAGCCAAGAUUAGUGGUGAGAUUGAUGUCAUUAUAAGCUGUGCUGGUCGCACGACAUUUGACGAUAGGUACGACUUUGCUUUGAAUGUCAACGCUCUUGGACCUGGUCGGCUUUUGAGAUUUGGAAAGGGCUGCAAGAACCUGAAAUUAUUUCUCCACUUUUCAACUGCUUAUGUGACUGGUAAGAAAGAGGGAACAGUACUAGAGACUCCUCUCUGCAUUGGAGAAAACAUAACUUCUGACUUGAACAUCGAAUCCGAGCUGAAACUAGCUUCAGAAGCGGUAAGAAAGUUACAUGGCAAUGAAGAAAUAAAAAAACUGAAAGAACUUGGUAUGAAAAGAGCUCAACACUAUGGCUGGGAAAACACUUACACAUUCACAAAAGCUAUGGGUGAGUCUGUAAUUCACAACCAACGAGGAGAUCUGCCUGUGGUGAUCAUAAGGCCUAGUGUUAUAGAAAGCUCUUACAAGGAACCUUUCCCUGGCUGGCUCCAAGGAAUAAGGAUGAGUGAUCCAAUCAUCUUGGCCUAUGGCAAAGGCCAAAUGUCUGACCUCUGGGGAGAUUAUAAAUCUUUAAUGGACAUUAUACCUGUUGAUAUGGUUGUUAACGCCACAAUAGCAGGCGCAGCCAUGGGAAAACACAGUCGUGGUGUCUCCGAGCUCAAAGUUUACAAUGUCACUUCUUCAUCUCAUGCGAACCCCCUGCGACUUGGCGAGUUGAUGGACCUCUCUCGUCAACAUCUGUGUGACUCUCCAUUUACAGAAACAUUUAUGGAGUUAGAGCGUAUGAAAUUCCAUAGUUCCUUAGAGGGUUUCACUUCUUCUAUAUUCAACAGAAUAGCAAAACAUGAAAGAGGGGAUGCAGAUUCACAUACCGCAUUGAGCAUGAAGGGAAAGAGGAGGCUGAACUAUUUUGUGUCCCUGGCAAGAACAUAUGAGCCUUACACGUUCUUUCGAGCUCGGUUUGACGACACCAAUACAAAGAGACUUAUUCAGGAGCUGUCAGUUGAGGAGGCAAAGAUGUUUGAGUUCGAUAUCAGUGGCAUUGACUGGGUGCAUUACAUUGUGAAUGUUCAUCUUCCAGGUCUCAAGAGGGAACACUUUAAGGAAAGAUCCCGUUAAAGAGAGUGGUUAAAUACUACAAGUGCUUAAGUUCACCUAUUUUUAGAUUUGAGUGUAACU